AUUUGAAUCAUGUUGUUGAUGCACAAGCUUCAAGUUAUCAGAUCUUUGAUGAAUUCAAAUGGAGAAAGGCUGCUAUAAUUUGCCUUCUGAAGUAUAGUUUUACCCAAAAUGCUGUGUUUCUCUUGAGUAUUAAUCAGUCCCACAAUCCCCCAGCUUCAGCAGCUCAUCGAGAUUGUUUUGUUGACACUGCCUGAAGGUUUUUAUUUAAAUGUGGAGGAAGCUGGUCAGUUGUUUCCUUUUCUUUUUCAUUUCCCCUUUGAAGCUAAAGACGUCCUGUAAACUGUCCCACACUCUUCUCUGCAACCGCAUCUGUUUCCACUGCGACACAAUGUCAUCCAAUGUCUCUGCACCCGUCGAAAUCCUCAGCCUUUCCAAGGAUGAGAAGGGGACGACAGUGGACAUCGAUGCCGUCAUGGACAAUGUCAUCAGAGUUCUCUACACACUGACUGUGGUGCUCGGCAUCACCGGGAACUCUAUAGUGAUCUGGGUGACAGGAUUCAAGCUCAAGCCAAAGGUCACCAACGUGUGGCUGGUGAAUCUGGCGAUCGCAGACCUGAUCUUCUGCUUCACGCGUGCCUUCUCCCUCGUCAAGAAGUUCCUCGGCCACUGGCCCUUUGGUUUAUUCCUCUGCAAGUUCAACGGCUUCUUCAAAUACGCCAACAUGUUCUGCUCCGUCUUUCUCCUCGCUGUGAUCAGUGUGGACCGAGUGCUCUGCGUUUGGCAGCCCGUCUUCACCAAGCGACGGCGCACCCUGUUGGCCGCGAGGGUGGUGGCAGUCUGCGUCUGGACAGUGGCGAUUGCCUUCAGCACUCCGUAUUUCGUCUACCGCAAAGUCUACCUUAACGACAAAAACAUGACCAAGUGUUCUGUGGAGGUGAAGACGCAGACAGCCGGCAGCGAGAGCAUGGAACUGGCUCUUUAUUCCAUCCGAUUCUUAUGUGGCUUCAUGCUGCCGUUCGUGGUCAUCCUCAUCUGUUACAUCCUUGCCGCACUUGGCAUCCGGCGCACGCGCCUGUCCCGGAAAUCUCGCCCUCUGCGUAUAUUAGUCGUGUUGGUCAUUGCCUUCUUUCUGUGCUGGGCACCGUACCACUGCCUCCUUCUGGUGAAGAGGGUGGACAGUAAGAACAAGGUGGUAAAGAUAUGGCAGCCAGUGGCAAAGAGCAUUGCCUAUUUUAACAGCUGCGUGAACCCGCUGUUGUACUUCUGCAUGGGUCUGGACAUGAGGGGGGAGUUCAGACAGACGUUACUGAGUGUGUACACCCGAGCGCUGGUAGACGAUGUAGAAAGACAGACGCAGUCCAACGACCGCUCUCUGGAAGACAGUAGUGGGUCCAAACCAGCCUCAGUUGUGGUGACGGGAAGGAGCCACACAUCAGCUAAAGUGUGAGUGUUAAGGUGUUUGAAUUUUGUAAACUGCUCACUCUCCCAUACCAAAGUCCAUAGAGAAAAUCAGCG